GCCUGACAUCCAAGGCCUGGUGGGCACGGGAUGACUUCCCCUGGGCGGCUGACCUCGAGAGCGCGUAUCCUGCAAUCAAGGCAGAGAUGAUGCAGCUCUUCGGGUCGCGCGGUGAUUCUGGUGGCGAGAUGCCACGAAGUUGGGUUCGAGUUGGAGAUGAGCGGGCCUCGCAAGACGGAGACAUCGUGGCUCCAGGGGGCGAGUGGAGGGAAUUCCUCCUGUACUCAGCCCAAGACCAGAGCAAGUCCACAGCCAACCCCGAGGUGUUGAAACUGUUCCCUCAGACGUGUGAGCUGUUGGAGUCCAAGCUGCCUGGUGCGGUUGCCAUGGCAAAGAUUGGAGUUGGCGAGAUCAUUUUGUCGGCCAUCUCUCCGGGAACCAAAUUGAUGCCGCACUGUGCCUCCAGCAACGUCCGCUUGACGUGCCACCUGGGCCUUGUAUGCCCGGAAGGGGCUCGCGUGAGGGUAGGCGCAGAAUGGGGCACCUGGGAGGAGGGCCGCUGCAUCUUUUUUGACGACAGUUAUGAGCAUGAGGUUGUGAACGAUGGCAGCUCUAUGAGGAUUGUGCUCCUCAUCCGGUUCUGGCAUCCUGAGCUCGCCAUGGAGGAAUGGUUGCCAACACUGAACUCUGGAAUGGAGGAAUAUAGUGCCAUGCUGCAAAGACGUGUGUCGCCGCCUGUCAACGAUAGAGUGACAGAAGCUUGGAUGAAAAAGUGGCCCGACCGGGGUCCUGCCCGAGUUAUUUUUCCGUUUCUGCAGCUCCAAGGCGAGAGAAUCCUGGGUGCUUCUAGAGAAAUACUAAGCUUCCUACUGCCCAGCUUUCUCAUGAGUAAUUAA